AAAAUCAGCCAAUUGUGUGGUCGUUACAAAUUCUAAGCCAAUCCACAGACUUUCCCACUUACCUUUCUCCACACUCCUUAUCUAUAAAUUCCCACCAAACUCGUCUCAAACUCCACGCAGUCAAUUUCCUCAAUUUCCCGAAAUUGUUUUUUGCUUCAUUAUGGCUGCUGCUUCUGUUUCCACCGUCGGAGCUGUUAACAGAUUACCUUUGAAGGUAAAUGGAUCGAGUAAUGGAAUUUCAGUUCCUAGUUCAGCAUUUUUGGGAAAGAGUUUGAAGAAGGUGAGCUCAAAGAUCAGCCUGCAGAGAAUCUAUUCGAAGAAUUUCAAGGUUUUGAGUGAGUAUGAUGAGGAGAAGCAGACAGAUAAAGACCGAUGGGGAGGACUUGCCUAUGAUACAUCAGAUGACCAACAGGACAUUACCAGAGGGAAGGGAAUGGUGGACUCUCUCUUCCAAGCUCCCAUGGGCACUGGCACACACUAUGCAGUCAUGACUUCCUAUGAUUACAUCAGUCAAGGUCUUCGACAGUACAAUAUGGACAACAGUAUGGAUGGUUUCUACAUUGCUCCUGCGUUCAUGGAUAAGGUGGUUGUUCAUAUCACCAAGAACUUCAUGAACCUGCCAAACAUCAAGGUUCCUCUCAUCUUGGGUAUUUGGGGAGGCAAAGGCCAAGGAAAAUCUUUCCAAUGUGAGCUUGUCUUUGCCAAGAUGGGCAUCAACCCUAUUAUGAUGAGUGCUGGUGAAUUGGAAAGUGGGAAUGCUGGAGAGCCUGCAAAACUGAUUAGGCAAAGAUAUCGCGAGGCAGCAGAUAUCAUUAAAAAGGGAAAAAUGUGCUGCCUCUUCAUCAAUGAUCUUGAUGCAGGAGCUGGCAGGCUUGGUGGAACUACCCAAUACACAGUCAACAACCAAAUGGUUAAUGCUACCCUCAUGAAUAUUGCUGAUAACCCAACCAAUGUCCAGCUUCCGGGUAUGUACAACAAGGAGGACAAUCCCCGGGUUCCCAUCAUAGUCACUGGUAAUGACUUCUCCACACUGUAUGCUCCUCUGAUCCGUGAUGGUCGUAUGGAAAAAUUCUACUGGGCUCCUACUAGGGAAGACAGAAUUGGCGUGUGCAUGGGUAUCUUCCGUACUGACGAUGUUCCCAAGGAAGACAUUGUUAAGCUUGUUGACACAUUUCCAGGUCAAUCUAUUGACUUCUUUGGUGCCCUGAGGGCCAGAGUGUAUGAUGAUGAAGUAAGGAAGUGGAUUUCAGAGAUUGGAGUUGAAAGCAUUGGGAAGAGGCUUGUGAACUCGAAGGAGGGACCCCCAACUUUCGAGCAACCUAAAAUGACUCUGCAGAAGCUCCUCGAGUAUGGAAGCAUGCUUGUGCAAGAGCAGGAGAAUGUGAAGAGAGUUCAAUUGGCCGACAAGUACUUGAAGGAGGCAGCCCUUGGUGAUGCAAAUGAAGAUGCCGUCAAGAAUGGAAGUUUUUAUGGUUAGAUCUGUGAUCCUGAAGGACUUGAUGAGAGGUAAAGCAGCUCAACAGGUUAACAUUCCAGUCCCAGAAGGCUGCACUGAUCCAUCCGCGGAAAACUUUGAUCCAACAGCUCGGAGUGAUGAUGGGAGCUGCCAAUACCAAUUUUAGAUUUGUCUUGGGAAAAGGAGUAUAAGUUAAAGAGGAAAUAACCUCUAAACACUUGUAAUUGUGUCAAUAGUCUAUUCUUUUCUCUUCUGGUCUUGUUUAUUAUCACAAUAAUAUAUAUAUCCACCAGAUUUGAGUGUUUUAUAUUA